AUGGAGCCCGAAGCCGAGCCCGCCACGGUGGAGGUUCCCGCAGGACGCGUGCUCAGUGCCUCGGAGCUCCUCGCCGCCCGCUCGCGCUCGCAGAAACUGCCCCAGCGGUCGCAUGGCCCCAAGGACUUCCUUCCCGACGGCUCGGCGGCCCAGGCCGAGCGGCUGCGCCGGUGUCGCCAGGAGCUCUGGCAGCUGCUGGCCGAGGAGCGCGUGGAGCGCCUGGGCAGCUUGGUGGCCGCCGAGUGGAGACCCGACGACGGUUUUGUGGAGUUGAAGUCUCCUGCGGGGAAGUUCUGGCAGACCAUGGGCUUCUCGGAGCAAGGGAAACAGCGGCUUCAUCCUGAAGAAGCCUUGUAUCUACUGGAGUGUGGCUCUAUUCAGCUCUUCUACCAAGACCUGCCACUGUCUAUCCAGGAGGCCUACCAGUUGCUGCUGUCUGAGACAGAAGAUGCCUUGACUUUCCUACAGUACCAGGUCUUCAGCCACCUGAAGAGACUGGGAUAUGUGGUUCGUCGAUUCCAGCCAAGCUCCGUCCUGUCCCCUUAUGAGAGGCAGCUUAACUUGGACGGCUAUGCCCAGUGCCUGGAGGAUGGGACUGGCAAGAGGAAGAGGAGUGCCAGCUGUCGGUCUGUUAAGAAGGCCAAGCUCCCGGAGGACAUCCUGCCACCCGUAAGACUGGAGGCCACCAGCCCACCUGCCUGCGACCAGAACAGCCAGUGCCCAGAGGAGAAACCCCAGGAGUCAAGCCCGAGAAAGGGCUCAAGGGUCCCUUUUCAGCUGCAGGGGUCGCCAGAGCCCUGCCCUGAUGUGGCCAGGGAGGAUUUGGGAUGUGUCCAGGAGAGUGACCAAGUAGAGAAUGGAAUCAAGGGGGCUUCUAAGCCUCGCUGGAACUUUGACCAGAUUGCCUUCCCUAAUAUGGCUUCAGAUAGUCGCCAUACCCUCCUACCUGCCCCAGCCCCAGAGCUGCUCCCAGCCAAUGUCACUGGACGGGGGACAGAUGCCAAUUCUUGGUGCCAGAAGCUGAACCAGCGCAAGGAGAAGCUGUCCCGGCGGGAGCGGGAGCAGCAUGCAGUGGCCCAGCACUUCCGGGAGGAUGUGAACGCAGACCCUGAGGUGCGGCGCUGCUCCGGCUGGCGGGAGUACAAGGAGCUGUUGCAGAGGCGGCAGCUGCAGAAGAGCCAGCAUCGCCCUCCACACCUGUGGGGCCAGCCUGUCACCCCCUUGCUGAACCCUGACCAAGCAGACUCCCCAGCCAUGGUCCUUCAGCAGAUCUCUGUGCUGCAGACAACACACCUUGCUGAUGGAGGUGCUGGGUUGCUGGAGAGGCCUAGAGGCUUGCAGAUCAGCUUCGAUGUGUACCAGGCUGACGCUGUGGCCACAUUCCGAAAGAACAACCCUGGCAAGCCCUAUGCCCGCAUGUGCAUUAGUGGAUUUGAUGAGCCUGUCCCGGACUUCUGUAGCCUCAAGAGGCUGUCCUACCAGAGCGGGGACGUGCCCCUGAUCUUUGCGGUGGUGGAUCACGGUGACAUCUCCUUCUAUAGCUUCAGAGAGUUCACACUACCUACGGAUCUGGAGCACUGACCACACAGGGCACUGCGACCCGGACUAACUGUUCUCAGGGACCGCAUCGGCAGCCCCCUGUGCUGGGCUGACCUGGAGCUGUAGGGGUCAGUACUCAGUACCCGUGUCUGCUAUUUGCAGAAAAGUGAAACUCUGCCCUGUGUCCCGUCCCCUUCCGCCUGGCCGCUGCUGUGUUUCCAAGCCCUAGGCCUGAGAGUGCUGCCUCCCAGUUGGGAAUUCAGGACUUAUUCAGAGGCCCAGGAGGUGGGGCAGAAGAGAAGACUCUGCUGUGCCUUUAAACAAAGAGGGUGCCUGCUUCGUGCCAUAAAGCCAAAGCCAUUAAAAAUAGGUCUUUUCUGGA